AUGGAUGAGGGUUUCCAGGGUUCUGGCCGCAGUAAGCCUGAAGCUACAGCACAAGCGGCCUUGGCGGCUUGCAGGUUCUAUGAAUCGCUAGGCUGGCUGGUUAAUCCUAAGGACGCGAAAGGUUUACAGGAAACGACAAACGCCGGCAAGUCCGCAAUGACAGACUCACAUUAUCCAGCUGUAAAGGGGAGCGCCCUUGGAAACCUUUCAUAUCUCGAAGGAGAUACGAAGGAAUUCAAGGACACCGCGAAGUCCACCUUCUUCAUCAACUACCAGAAGAAGGGCUACGGAACAUCAGACAUCACCUACGAGAAACUGUAUGUGCGGGCGCUGGAGACCCUCGCAUGCGGAGACUAUGGGACCAUUGGGGCUGAUAUGUAUUCAGGUGCUGUGAUGUGGUCUCCAAUCGCCAGGCGCACUUCACACACAGACCGACUCCCUCUUCACAAAUCAGAUGCUCCUGUGGUUAAUACCGUGUGCCAGUUCCACCGGCAUACCUAUGGCAUUCUCGUGAAGGCGACAUACGCACUCAGCCCAGAGUUUGUCGCAAAAUUGGAGACCGUUCUAUCACAAGCAGAACAACGCGACGGAACUUCAAAGUUGAGCGAGAGCAAUAGGGUCGCUCUGCAACGUAUAAUCGAGAAGAAGACAAUCGUGGGUGUACACAAUAACAAAAAAACAGCUGCGCAAGAGGCUGCUGUUCAGGGCUGCAUGGCGCUAGACAUCGCGGGAGACCUAAACUAUGUCAUACUACGCUCUGGACAUGCGGACAAGCCCUAUACACGGGAAGACGCGGCACGGAUUCAGAACGGACUACCGCCCAUAAAAAAGAGCUCAAGCGCAAGCGCAGGUCAGACAUUGCAGCCUUUGCACUAUCGAUUGCCAGGAGACCAUCGCAAAGGCGAAGAGCCCUGCAAGAAAAAACACGACCUGCCGCCCGAGAAAAUGUCACUGACGCAGAAGCACAUCGACGAUAUAUAUAUAGUCAUGGACCAGCUGAAGGAUGCUGAGAGAUAUGGACUGCUGAAAAGCCGUAUUGAGGAUCUUAGACCCGCCCACUCUCCGGAUAUGCACUUGCUGGACACCGCACGAGUGUAUGAUCAUCCGGUGGAAGGCUCUGAACUGAACCGUUCCAACGAGCUCAAGAAGAACUUGGAUACGUACUACCACUAUGGUCUGCCGUUGCAGAGGAGUUGGGGCACGACGGGCGAUCUAAUCAAAACGAGGCAGAAUUUGCCAAUCCACGCAAUGCGAGAGGAGAUUCUUGACGUCGUCAACAAUAACCAGGUGGUGGUGCUGCAGGGAGAGACGGGAUGCGGCAAAUCGACCCAAGUGCCGCAGUAUCUGUUGGAGGAUAUGAUCAGUCGCAACCUGGGUCCACGGGCCGAGAUUGUGGUAACACAGCCAAGGCGCAUCUCCGCCAUCUCAUUGGCUGAGCGUGUGGCCGCUGAGCGUGCAGAGCGCCUUGGCGUUAGCACAGGCUACAAAAUCAGACUGGAGAACAAACCACCCACAGUCGAUGGGUCCAUCCUCUUCUGCACCACGGGCGUGUUCCUGCGUAUGCUUGCUGACCCAGCCAGUAAGACCGUCACGCACUUAGUCAUAGACGAAAUACAUGAGCGGGAUCUGCAGAGCGACUAUCUCAUCACAGCUCUGAGGGAUCUGCUGCCCAAGCGACCGGAUUUGCGCGUGAUCCUCAUGUCCGCCACUCUCCAGGCCAAGCUGUUUGCCGACUACUUCAACAGCCAUCACUUGCAAGAAGGUGUGAAGAUAGGCCAGGGGAAGCCCGCGCCCAUUAUCUCUGUGCCUGGGCGGACCUUCCCAGUGACACGGUACAGUGCUGAAGACGUCCUGGCAAUGACUGGGUACAAUCCUGUGCCCGACAUUGAGGCAGCAAAGCCUGGCAAUAAGAACCGCAAGGGUGGCGGGGGUGGAGGCGGGAUUAAGCCCGAGAAGCUUCUGAUGAAAGCACCGGUGAGGUCGUCCGCCUUGGCCACGUUCCCAGAGAAAGGCAUCAAAGUUUCUUCCGACCUCGACCGCAAGAUCCAAGAGAGACUAGCGGCCCUGCGCACGGGUCUGCUGCCCAUGCACAUGAUUGCGGCGACCAUCCAGCACAUCUGCAACCACGAGCCCGAGGGGGCUAUACUCUGCUUCCUGCCGGGGUGGGACGAGAUCAAGACAAUCUCUAACCUCCUGGAGAUGGUGCUGCCCAGGAGCGAUGGCUUCCGCAUUCUGCCGUUACACAGUAGACUCUCGUCAGCGGAUCAGAGAGAGAUCUUCUCACUCGCACGCCCUGGUAUAAGAAAGAUUGUGCUGUCGACGAAUAUCGCCGAGACGUCUGUGACCAUCAACGACUGCGUGUAUGUGGUUGACAGUGGACGCCACAAAGAAAUGUCGUACGAUCCCGAAAUGGGCAUAAACGCUCUACAGAUGUCAUGGGUGUCUAGAGCCGCAUGUAACCAACGCGCCGGUCGUGCCGGACGGGUGAGACCUGGCAAGUACUACUCAAUGGUACCAAAGGCCAUGGAAGAGCAUCUGAUGCCCCAGACAGUGCCCGAGAUCAAACGCGCACCCCUGGACGACAUUAUACUAAACAUCAAGCACCUGCGACUGGCAUCAGGAGAUGUACGCUCAGUGCUGAGUAAAGCGCUCGAGUCUCCCACAGACAUGGCUAUUGAGGACAGUCUGGAUUCAUUAGUGGAUCUGGGGGCCUUAUCGAGACAUAUCACUCCUGGAGCACAUCCGGACGAUCCCCCCACAAAGACCGAAGAGCUGACUCCGCUGGGCGAGGCUCUGGUUAAGUUGCCGUUGGAUGCCAAACUAGGCAAGAUGCUCGUAUACGCCGUGCUACUGCGCUGUGCCGAUCCCAUUCUGACCGUUGCGGCGGCCAUGUCGGCUCCGUCGCCGUGGCUCAUUGUGCCCGAGCAUCAGCGCAACAAACGGGACCAACUGCGCCUGUCAUUGGCCGACGACUGGCAGAGCGACCACGUGGCUCUGAUCAAUGCGUUUAACGGGUACGAAGCCGCACUGAGACACGGAGACGACGCAAACUAUUGCGCCGCGCACUACCUCAACCGAUCUAAUAUGAGAACAAUCGCUAUGCUCAAGAGACGGUUCGCAAAUGUUCUGGAAAGGGUAGGUGUACUUCCCCCUUCCUUAAAUGAGAGGGCUGAGUGUUAUGUAGGUGUACUUUCUUGCCUUGGUAAGCUCAUGUGGUUCGUGGUAGGUAAGGUUUAA